AUGAAAACGACCCACCGGCCAGACCAGGAGCAGAUUGCAGAGAUGUUCCAAUCAGAACCAGCAUUCCCAACCUCCGCGCGACGUCGCGCGACUGACUUACCUGUCAACAGCCAAAUUUCAUCAUGCAUUAGCUUCGGCGUCCCCAGAUCCUGGUCCCUACCGGACGAUCAUCCCCAACGGCCCGUCUCGCCAGACGAUCUUGGAUCCGAGGAUCCGACACCGCACGCGAGCUAUCAAAUAUGUCAACGUCCGCGCCCGCGACGAUCACGACGCAAGGGGAUGGGGAGGGAGGAGGCUGGCGUAGCAGGGGGACCUAUCCAUCCACCUAUCCAACAGCAGCGUAGCACCACUUCCGUAGGCCAGGCCGGGCCCGACGAUCCGAGGAUCCGAACCCCGGGACCCCAGCUCCAUGGACGUGUCGAUGAUCUGCGCAGGACUGCUGCGUCACUUGUGCAUGUCCAUUGGGUACGUUGUGGUUAG